AUGCUUGAAAAGCCGAACUGUGAUACCAUUGUCAUCGGAGGAGAAAAAGGAUUUGUAAAAGUGCAACACCUGACUACACAUCGCUUCUCAAAUUUAACGGACUCUUCUGCCGACACUCCGAAGCCGAGAAUUACUGAGGAGCUUGAAGCUGUCUCCGGCUUAGACCCAUCCAUACUACAACUAUCCGAAGAAUUUUCGGGUAAGUGGAGGGGUGGUAACCGAUUCGUGACAAUGACCACCGAGGAUUGGCUCAGUCAACCGUUUGAUGGACCGCGACUGGGUCCUCGGACCUGGUUACCAGAUCGAAAAACAAAAAAUGGUUUGCCAGUCGUACCAUUGGUCCAUGAGACAUCCGAGAUAUCUCGUGAUGGUCGACGCUUUUACUCUGAAGAAUCUCCGGAAAUCCUGACGAAAGUCGACCAUUUGCUGAUGCGCUUCACUCACUCACAAGCCUUGUCUGCCGUCACCCGAUCUCGUAUGCGGGUAAAGAGCGCUCGAAGGGUCGUCUACAUGCAGCCUAAAAUAUUACUGCGGUUAGCUAUCGGUGUGAUACGUGAACUGACUCGUCGGGACACAUUAUCUGCAGCCGUUGCCGGUCGAACAGUUCCACAAAUUGUUCGAUUACUUCGAUUUGUUCGUCGCAAUGUGUGGCGAAAGGAGUCAGCGGCCACUUGUUUGGCUCUUUAUCAUUCUAUCCUCGAUGUUUACUCGGCAGAAGAAUUGAACUCUAUUCCGGAAUUCGCAAAAGUCAAUGACGUAUUGCGGACAUGCUCGGAAAACACACAAGCCCUGGCUGCAGUAAUCAGCUUUCUGCAAUUGCCUACCCCGAGUCAGAUGAAGAAAAAGAAUCCGUUUUAUAGAACCAAAGCAUUCAUCGCAAAGUCCUCAUUCCGUUCUCCAAAGUUCGUUAAAAUUGUGCGCGAAAAGAAGACAGUCGAUUCGAAAUACGUUCCUUCCGAGAAGCAGGAUUCAGAAAAUUCGGCCUCCAAAGUAAAACGAAAAAGCGAAAAGCUAAAACCGAAGCGUCCGAAAAUACUUUAA